AUGACAGAGUCGCCCUCGCGUCAGCCUCCGACUACUCAGCCAACCAAGGGCGAAGAUGCCAAAGAUGCCUCUGACUGUUUUUCCGUGGGGUUGCGACUGGGCCUAGCAGGCAAGAGUGUCGUGGUGUCAGUUCCCAGAGAUCAAACGGUGUCGGACCUUCGCAUGCACUUUGCGCGAGCAGCUGCAGAGUUCGACCAUGGCAUGGUGUUGAUUCUGGGCGACCGCGUAGUUCACAACACCGAAAAGCUUUCGGACUUAAGGCAGGAAUCAGCUGAACAGUUGGGGUUCACUGCUGUACACGACUCCUGCGAGAACAUUCGGACAGAGCUGAAGAGGUUCGUCAGACGUUUUGAUGCGCGCACCGUCGGACGACUCAUGGCAGAGGGCGAUCCAGACUGCAUCGAAGAACUGUUUGGUCAAGAUCUUGAGAAGUUGUAUCUUCACAAUGAUGCCAUCAUUGAUCGGCUGGAUGUAGAAGUGCUCAAGGAUCUGGAGGCUUUCUACAGACUGAAACGACAUUGCAACCUGCACAUCCGUUGUUUGAGUUGCUGCUCCAACACGGGUCCAGCUUGUGUAGUCUGGGACCUUGACGGCGAGAUGCACAUCAUUGGUCAGUACUGA